AAUGAAGCAGAACUGGGUCUAAAACUUCGUAUUGCUGGUCUUUACAAAGCAAACUACCAAACUGAGCAUGCCACAAAACGAGCCAUAAAGAAUCUUAUUCAUAAUCUGAGAAGCUAUUAAAAAGGAUUGGCAUGCUUGUAGGAGUCCAAAGUGUUCGUAUAUAAACAUCGAAUUUCAUCAUGUUUUGCCUCUAUGUUCCAAUGCAGACUACCAUUUACAGCCCUAAUUGUACUUAACUGUUGGAGUUGUAUCUACAAUAUCUUGUUACUUGUAUGUUUGGGCACUGGACUGCAGUCUCUCAAAGUAGAUCGAAUACUAAGUUGAAUUUGACUUUCAUACUGCACUAAGCAUCAGCUGAUCAACAGUUACUCGUCAUCAUUGACCACCAGUCAUGUUGAUUACUGUGCCAAAUAAGGAGUUAAUUGUCGUUGAUUAGGAAAGAAGUGAUUAGACGGGAUAUAGAUUCAGCGAGUUCCUUCCUUCCGACGGGGAUUCGUGAUUCACGGAGGAGGUAUACCACGAUGCACGAACGUAGGAGAACAAUGUCGCUCUGAAAAAGGCCAGAGAAUUGGAUCCUACACACUUUUCGCAAGUUUGUCAAAUUGAAGCCUUUUGAGCAGAACUCAUAAUACUGGACGAUUUGAUAGAUCUUUAAGCCACCAUGGAUAACAUGACAGUAUCCACAGCCGUCGGACACACACCAACCGAGAUAGUGCACACGUUGAGUGCUAACGACAUCGUAUCCAUAGUGGUGUACGUGGUCAUUGGUACUUUCGGCAUCAUAGGAAACACGCUCGUCAUGAUCGUAUUCGGGUUGCUAACACAGAAGAAAAGUCAGGUGAAUAUGUUCAUAUUCGACCAGGCUCUCAUUGACGGGUGCACGUCUGUUUUGCUGAUCCUAUUCGGGGUCGUCAACGUGUUCAGACCAAGAAUCAUGGCCUACGAAGAGGACCUCGAUGACGGUGCUGGCAACGAUACAUCUGGCGUCACGGGACAUUUCAUCCACCUUUCGCCAUCGACGGCGGAGUUUUUAUGUCGAUUCUGGUGGUCGCGGUUCUUCCUCUUCGCUAGUUUUGCGAUCUCGACAUGGAACUUGACGGUGAUGUCGAUUGAGCGAUACUGGGCAGUGCUUCAUCCGAUGACGUACUCACGAAACUUCAGCAGGCGACGAGCCUUGAUCAUGAUGCUUCUGAUUUGGCUCAUUGCUCCUAUCAUGCAAUAUGUCCCAACAAUUUUCCAGUGGACAUGCGGCCCUGGCUCUUGUGUCUUUGAGGCAUCGUGGUCCAAAGCUGCAGGAAUCGUCCUAGGAGUGUCUCUGUUCAUCUGGGAGCUCGUCCUCCCUGUCUGCAUCAUGGCCUUUGUCUAUUACAAUAUCAUCACCGAGAUGAGGAAAAAGAAAAUCGCAUUGCAGCAGAAGAAGAAAAAGUUGGUGGACCCACCAAGUGCCACAAGUACACCUACCAGGAUGCCAAACAGAGGAGCAUCUAAGAUCGUACAUCCCUCCAGGAAUAUCACCAUGACGCUCUGUAUCCUCUUCGCCGUCUACACCAUAUGCUGGACCCCAAACCAAAUCACCUUCCUACAGUUCAACUUCGGAGGACCUUUGAACUUUACAGGAGCCUGGUAUCACAUCACAGUGACCUUAGCGUUCUUGAACUGUUGCGUGAACCCCUUCAUCUAUGCUCUUAGAUUACAAAAGUUCAAAAAGGGCAUGGCCAUGCUGAUGCAAGGACGAUGGCAUCGCAGGUCACGGGAAAGCAGAGCAAAAAUCACGGAAUCGACCAGUUUUAAUGGUCUGGACUCACAUACUGUGUAAUUUUAUUUUUGACAGAAGUAUAAUACUGUAUAUUUAUAGUAAGAUUUGAUCUUCAACCAAUUGUUUUUGAGGAAAUAUGUAUGUGUUUGUAUUAUUAAAACGAUGGCACAGACUUUAGAAGAAAGAAAAAAACCUAUGGUAAUUUCCAGAGCCUUGUCCGUCACAUUAUGACAUGUGCGAAUAACACAAUGGCCGCGUAUUAUAUAAUCUUAACAUGAUAUCAAUGGGAUACAAUAUUGCCCCCGAGUUUAUUUACUAGAAAGUAAUUGCGAUUGUGUUUAUAUUGUUGUUUUAAAUUCCUUUUCAUCUCCUAUAUCAUGCCUCUACAACUUAGUCUGCUUAGAUUGUUCCUCGUUUUCUUGAAAAGUAACAAUUAGUAUUAAUGCCUUUUCCACUGAUUGUGGUUGAUUACCCCUCGCCCCUCAAAAUGAUCUGCCUGCAAAUUUCGAUUUGUUUUUUCCUUCGAUUAUUGUGUAGGUGAGAUGAGCCUCUUGGGGUUAUAUAUAACUCGUUUGGUAUAACACCCCACCCCCUUACAAAAUGUUGUUGUUAGUAUGUUUAGAGUGGCGGUUGAGGGAUAUAUGAAACGAACUAACUCCAUAAAAGCCGAAAAUAGACAUUGUAAAUAAAUGAUCCUUGGAAACUGAACUAGUCAUUUAUAUGUCAUUGCAAUAUCUUUCAUUUGUAUUUAUGUAUGUAGAAGAGAUAUUGUUUUGUUAAAUUUCUAUCAAAAGAGUAGGCUACUAUCAACAAAUGUUGGAUUCUGGUAAAGAAAACAACAACGAAAAUGCGUUGCAAUUUCCAUUUUGCAUUUAAUUACUAUCAUAACUUCUUAUUGUGUAAGUUCGUACUAUUAUGGGUGUGCCACGUCUGGUAACCAGAGUAACGGUUAAAUUCACUCUAAUGGAACACAAUGCAUCAAAUAUUUAGCGAAUUUGGUAAUAAAUUCUGCCAAGAACAGGAAAUAAUCUCACUUCUCAUUGUCGAAGGCUCUCAAAAUAUUUCGAAGCUAUACCUGACAUUUUAUUCUAAUCCUAUAUCGUGACAACGAUAGUAAUACGAGAGUACACUAAACCUUGGUUGACAAAAACAAAUGUGUGGGGUUUCAGUUUGGAAUUCCAUUGAAAAUGAAUCGUGACUGUUAUUUGAUAUUCCCUGCUACAGAAAAAAUGUUAAUUUGUCUUAAAAUAUCUGACGUCAAUAUAUGCCCUGCCAAUGAAAAGGGGAAAAUUUUCCUUAAAAUAGCUGACGUAUUGCUCUGCUGAACAAAGGGAUCAUUUUCCUAGAAAUAUCUGACGUCUAUGCCCUGCUAUUGAAAACUGGAUAAUUUGCCUUAAAAUAUCUGACGUCCUUCAAAAGCUUUAGAUUUCCGGGUACCACCAGAACUAAGUUGUUAUUUUUUCGAAUUGUUUUGCUCUAAACACUUGUUUGUUAAUUUUCUUUGCCAAGCAUGUAAACUGGUCUAGUUCAAAAUGAAGAUAUCCCCCCCCCCCCCCUUAAUUGCGACAAGAAUUUUGUCUAUAUUGUUCAUACUCACCAUUUGUGUACCCUCAUAGACGUGAAUAUCUGUAUUUAUACACAGGUAUAUUUAUCAUUUAUCAAGAGGAUACUUGUCUCGUACUCUUGCAAAUUUGAUAAAUGAAAUUUAAGUUUCUUAUCAUUGUCAUUAAUACUCAGUUGGUUAUUUGUGAUAAUGUCCCACCUAAAUUUUUAGAUUAUCUGUUUUAUUAUGCUACUGUCUUUGUCCUGAAAUGCACAAAAGAAGAAUGUGGCCCAUUUUUCAAAUCUUAGAAAAGACAACUGGAAAUGAAAUCAUAAUUUUGCUGUUGGUUUAUCAGAGAUUGUUCAUACUCUUCCCCCUCCCUAAGAUGAAUCUUAGGUCCGUCCCUGCACGAGUCAAUUUAAUUAAAAUAUAGGCAUAAUUGAAAUUGUAGUAUUUUCCUAAAACCGUAAAAAUUGAAAAUGGAUUAUUAAUCAAAUCUUUGUGGCGAAGGAAGUAACCAGGUCCGCUUCUUCUUGAAUCAUCCAAUAACCACAAUUAAAUCCGGUUCUGUCAAACAACAUCUUUAUGAUUGAACAUAUUUUCUAAGUGUUUCUCAAUUAAUUGGGCACUGCUAGUUGUAAACUGCUCAUGCAUAAUGAGGACGGGACACGGUUUUUAUCCGUAUCACUAUGCCCCCCCCCCCCCCCAAAAGAAAGAAAAAGAAACUAUUUGACAAUGUUGUAAAUUCUCGUUUGAUUGAAUUAAAAAAGCGGAUCCAGGGGUGAAGGGGCCCCUUGGGGAAAUAUUAAAUGAUAAUGACCUAUUCAAA